AAGGUUAGAACACACGAAUCUCAGGUUGACGCCGUUGCGACAUAAUAACGGUCGGAGAAAGUGGUGAAAUUACUUCGUCGCUUUUCCCCUGCGAGAUGGGGACGAGAAUUUACGCUGGAAACUAAGUCGCAGCUUGCUUUCGUUAUUAAAAAGGAAAAUCGUAUCUAGCCGCGCACGAAUCUCAAACGUAGUUUAAUGUCAACGUAACAUUUGUGGACGAUGGACGGAGAGGAUUCCGUAGAUGUAGACGAGGUCGUAGACGUGGUCAUAGACGUAGAUCCGCGGGAGCUGCAAGAGACUCUACAAACGUAUAGGAAGCUCGCAGACGAUUUCGCGAAUCACGAUACGAUUCUGAAGGAUAAGACAGUCCUGUCAUACAUAGCGUACGUCUUAGAAGUACCUGAUUUAGAUGUGGUUAAUUUAGCUCUGGACAUUUUGGAGAUAUUUGUUAAGAAUGUAGACAAUUAUAUACAUAUUACGUCUACUUUUGGUGUACGUGAAUCCUUGGAGGCAAUUAUUAACAAGUAUAGCUUGAAUGAACCAAAGACAGCUGGACGAGCGCAGUACAUCAAAGAUGACAUAGAACGUAUGAAACCACCUAUAUAUAAUUUACGCAGUCGUUGUAGGCGAGUUAUAGAGCCCAAAAAGUUGAGGACACAUGUAAUAGUUUUACAUGUUCAAGGUUUAUUACCAGAGACUAGAGCCGAGUUGGAAGGGAUAUUAAUAAGAAUUGAAGGUCUCAUUUCGCUUGUUGUCGAUGUAGAGCACCAACGUGUAACUAUGCGCACUUUGAAUUAUGUCACCGCGAAACAGAUUGCGGAAGCAAUCGACAAACAUACUGAUAAUAUGGAAGCAAGAUUGGUUAUGAAAAACAAAUUUAAUCAAGAGUUUCUCAUAACGUUGAUACAAGUAGGCGAUACUGACAGUGAAGGCUUGCCUGAUUACUUGCCCGAGGAGGAAGAAGAAGAUGAUAAGGAGGGAGUUGUGUCAUUAUUUACUGGUUUAAAACAAAGCGCUUCAUCUUUAUAUAAAUCUACCACAGAGUUUCUAAGUAAUUCAUUCUAUUGGUAG